CAAGCCGAGACCGCGGCGGCCGCCUUGUGGUCCGCAGCAGUCGUCGCGCGUCUCAACUCCAACCGUAGACGCAGCGCGCAGCCGUGCCUCGCUUGACUACCUCCAAGAGAGCACCCCUCUCCAGGGCCUGCAGCAGGUCACCGCGCAGACGCCGCCGCCGCGUCCGCAAGCGGUGAUACAUGGACGCGGCCUCCGUUCGCGAAGGCACGCUCAUCACCUGCGACGUGCCGACGCGCGAGCUCAUUUUGCACCUCAACGAGACGCACAACUUUUUGUUGGAGCGCCUCGACGAGACGACGCUGCUCAUCGACUCCUCCUUCUCGCACAUCGUCGAGGCGGAGCUGGGCAAGACGCUCGAGCGCCACGUCUUCUCGAGCCGGCACUUGUUUGCCCACGAGAAGGAGCGGCCGCCGCGCGAGCGCCGCGAGGACCGGCCGCCGCGCGAGCCGCGCGACCCUGACGAGGAGUACAAGCCGCGCGAGCGGCGACCGAAGCGCCCGCGCCGGUAGUCACCAUGUGGGCCGCCGUGCUGCUGUACAGCGCGACGCGGUCGUCGUACGUGGCUGUAUGUAAGAGCGACGACGUCGACAAGCAGCCAUCACGGCUGGACGCGAGUGACGCGGACGGGCCGCUCGCCGUCGCGGCGCCGUGGCGCAUCGCGUGCGUCGCCGAGCGCCGGACGAAGGAGGGAGCGGAGGCCGUGGCAUCCGCCGUGGCGAAGUGCGGCGGGUUCCGCGCGCGGUUCCGCGCCUGCGAGGCCCUGCGGUUGGCCGCGCCAUCACGGGACGCCCCGCCCGCGGCGGCGGUGGCUGAUGCCCUCUCGAGCAUCGACCUCGGACUCCACGGCGAGUGCGGCGCGGCCGACGCGCUGGACGGCAUGACCUACGCGUGGGUGGACGUGCGCCAUCCUGACAAAGCAGACUUUGUCAGGGUUCGCACGCUCGUCGACACGGGCAGCACGGACUGCGAACUCAAGGCGGACGUCAUCCGAAAGCUGGGCCUGCCGGCUACUGGUGAAACCGCCCACUUCGAGACGGCCGUGGGCCGCGUCACGGAGCAGCCCAUCUACGAGGCCGUGAUCCGCGUGCUCGGCCGCGAGGCGCGGGUCGUGCUGUCGCCGGCCGACGGCGACGAGUCCGACGACGAGUCGGACGAGUCGGACGAGGAGUUGGACCAGCGGUUUGGGUUCGAUAGGGUCUCGGACGAGGGUAUGCUCGGGCACACGGCGCUGGCGGCGCUGAACCUGGCGGUGGACUGCCGGAAACGGCGGCUCGUGGUGCUGCCCGACGAGUGAUCCUUCCUUUCCUUCCUUUGGGGGUUUGUAAUUCUUAGUGGUAGA